AUGAUUGCCCUUAGCAAGAAAGGCUCGUGUUCUUCUCAACUCUGCCUCGCUCUCUGCGCCUUUGGGCUGGCAUUGCUGGGGGAUGUGUCCCAGGCUGUACCCAUGGACGAUCAGGAUUAUUACCUGCAGGAGAUAAGCAACAGGGAUCAUUAUUAUUCCUUUCCAUACCCCGGUGAAGAGUUUUUUCCUUUCACGGAGCAACCUGGAGAGGAAGGACCUAUCCGUGCUGCAGAAACAGAGGAGCACCCCGGGUUCAAACCGACCAGGAAAGAGUUAAAACCGAAGAAAAGCAACAAAAAAGGAAAAUCCAUUCUUGAAACUCCACCAGAUUGUCCUCCACUUGGUCUAGAGACAUUAAAAAUUACUGACUUCCAGCUCCAUGCCUCUACAGCAAAGCGGUAUGGCCUUGGGGCCCACAGAGGAAGGCUUAAUAUUCAGGCAGGAGUUAACGAAAAUGAUUUUUAUGAUGGUGCUUGGUGUGCAGGAAGAAAUGACCCAUAUCAGUGGAUUGAAGUAGAUGCUCGAAGGCUAACAAAAUUCACUGGAGUCAUCACACAAGGAAGAAACUCUCUCUGGUCGAGUAACUGGGUGACCUCUUACAGAGUACUGGUGAGCAAUGACAGUCAUGCAUGGACUGCUGUCAGAAAUGAAUCUGGAGAUGUGAUUUUUGAAGGAAACAGUGAGAAAGAGAUCCCAGUUCUCAAUAUGUUGCCGGUGCCACUGGUUGCACGCUAUAUCCGUAUAAACCCCCGGUCCUGGUUCGAAGAAGGUAGCAUCUGUAUGAGACUGGAAAUCUUAGGGUGUCCUUUGCCAGACCCAAAUAAUUAUUAUCACAGAAGAAAUGAAAUGACAACCACAGAUAAUCUGGACUUUAAGCAUCACAACUACAAGGAAAUGAGGCAGUUGAUGAAAACUGUGAAUAAAAUGUGCCCCAAUAUCACAAGAAUUUACAAUAUUGGAAAAAGCAACCAAGGACUAAAGCUGUACGCUGUCGAGAUUUCUGACAACCCAGGAGAACACGAAGUUGGUGAACCAGAAUUUCGGUACAUUGCAGGAGCACAUGGGAAUGAAGUCCUUGGACGUGAGCUAAUCCUUUUGUUAAUGCAGUUUAUGUGCCAGGAGUACCUGGCUGGGAACCCACGCAUUGUACAUCUCAUUGAGGAUACCAGAAUCCACCUCCUGCCUUCAGUCAACCCGGAUGGAUAUGACAAGGCAUAUAAAGCGGGUUCAGAAUUAGGGGGCUGGUCUUUAGGACGAUGGACUCAGGACGGCAUUGACAUCAACAAUAAUUUUCCUGAUUUAAACUCUUUGCUUUGGGAGUCAGAAGAUCAGAAGAAAAGUAAAAGAAAAGUUCCAAACCAUCACAUCCCAAUCCCCGACUGGUACCUGUCCGAAAAUGCCACCGUGGCCGUUGAGACACGGGCGAUAAUAGCAUGGAUGGAAAAAAUCCCUUUUGUGCUGGGGGGCAAUCUGCAGGGAGGAGAGCUGGUGGUGGCGUACCCCUAUGAUAUGGUGCGAUCUAUGUGGAAAACCCAGGAUUACACACCUACCCCAGAUGACCACGUCUUUCGCUGGCUGGCAUAUUCCUACGCGUCCACGCACCGGCUGAUGACAGAUGCGAGAAGGAGAGCAUGCCACACAGAGGAUUUCCAAAAGGAGGAUGGCACGGUUAAUGGAGCCUCCUGGCAUACCGUGGCUGGAAUCUAUUCACUGCAUUUCAUCAAGUAUCAGAGGACUGAAGGUGAGUGUGUCACUAAUGGAGACAUGGACGGUGGGAUUGAGUGCACCCUCAGCCGGUUUGUCAACGACACCAAGCU